GUCACAUGCAUGCUGCUGCACUCGGCUCUCAGCUCUCCAACGCUCUCGGUGGACAUUCAGCUACGGAACGACCUGAGCGUCGCACCUCAAGGAUGGAAACGCAACCAAGAGGAAACGCAUCCACGACGAUCACGUGGAGACAGCUGAAGGACAUACUUCUCGACCUGCACCUAAACGUGGAUCGCAUCUUUUAUUACAUUGGCCUGAGUAUUGGCAAAAGACCGUGGCUCUGGCUGUUGGUAUCCUUCUGCCUAAACUGUAUCUGCGGCUCGGGACUGUUCUUCUGGAAGGAAGAGUUCGACAACAUAAAUUUGUUCGUACCCCACGAUUCUGUGAUUCGCACCGAUGCAGCCUGGGUGAAGAAACACUUCCGGGACGAUUUCCGAUACGAAUGUAUCAUCGUCACGGCGCCGAAUGUUCUGGAACCCGAAGUGCUGCGCUCGAUCUACAAGAUCGAGCAGGCGGUGAAGUCCGCGGUGGUGAAUAACAACACGUGGGAAGACGUGUGCGCUGGAUACCUCUCCUGGUUCAACCCGGACGAGACCAAGGACGUAUUGAAGGAUUUCGAAAUCCCUGAGGACAUUAUGCAACACUUAAAUGAUACGGUGUUCAAGAACGGAUGUAUAUAUCAAUCGAUUAUACAGCUCUGGGAGAGUGGCUUAUCAAAGGAUGUUCGUAAUCUGACGAAGAAGGAGGUGCUGGACGAUGUGACCAAGGCGGUCAAACACAAGAUUAAGAACAACCUACUACACAAUAUUGUACCUCUUCUGUCAGGCAUCUAUUACGACAGAAAGGGUCGCGUGAAAGGCGCGAACGCGACCAUUCUGAACUGGAUGCUGAAGAAAAACAAUCCAAACGCGGCUGAUUGGGAAUUGGAGUUCAUAAACAGAGUUCUUUAUUCCGAUAUCACGUUACCACCUGGAAUGCAGGUGUAUGCUAUAGCUUCGAGAAGUUAUCUGGACUCUUUGCAACAAAUUUUUAACAACAAUUUCAUGGUACUGGGCUUUGGAAUAUCCUUAAUCGCUGUUUACGUGAUGGCUAUGAUCGGUAAAUGCAACGCGCUGGAACAACGGAUUUAUCUGUCGAUGAUGGGAGUGUCGGUGGUUGGUCAAUCGAUCUUGUCAUCUUAUGGGCUGUGCUAUUACUUGGGAUACUCGUAUGGACCCAUACAUUCUAUUCUGCCGUUCCUGUUGCUUGGAAUAGGCGUCGAUAACAUGUUCGUUAUCAUGCAGAGUCUGAAUAAUUUAUCGGAGACGGAUCAGUCUUUAGAGAUUCCUAUACGCAUCGCUAAAACUGUUCAACACGCUGGUAUGUCCAUCACAGUUACGUCCUUUACAAACAUGAUUGCAUUCGCUUUCGGGAUUACCAGUGUGAUGCCAUGUCUCAGAUCGUUCUACGCGUUUAGCACUUUGGGAAUUAUGUUCUUGUACAUCUUCGAAAUCACAUUUUUUAUAAGUUGCCUAGUGUACGACGAAAGGAGACUCGAAGCAAAGAAGGAUGGGUGUUUCUGUCGCCCCAGAUUAAACUGGAAACUAAAUGAAUGCAGUCAGAGAAACACUCAACAAAUUAUCUUCGAGAAUUAUAUUGGACCAAGAAUCACCAAAGUCUCAUCGAAAGUGGUUAUCCUAGUAAUCACUGCUGUGUUCUUAUGUACCAACGUAUGGGCAGUGUUUCAAAUAGAGCAGAACUUUGACCCUCACCGAUACUUAAAUCAAGACUCUUAUCCGAUUCAGUUCAACGAGAAGUUGAAACAGUAUUUUCCAAAGUAUGGAAAACGAGCUGCAAUUUACUUAACCGGCGUGGACUAUUACGAGGAUCGUGAAGCUCUUUACCAACUUGUAGAACUUCUUAAACGCAAUCAAUAUAUUAACAACAGUACCCUUGAUCCUUGGUUCAUUGCUUAUGAAAAAUGGUUGAAUGCCACUAACCACAGUAAUGAUAUUGAAAGUAAAGAAGAGUAUUAUAAUAUCCUGACAGAAUUUUUGCUUUUGACAAGAGAAGGACAAGUAUAUGUCAAGGAUCUAAAGUUUGAUUCAAUACCAGCUGGAGAAUAUAACAUAACGACAUCACAAAUUCCAAUACAACACAUUAUGAUUAAUACAACGUCGCAGCAAAUACAAGCAAUGCAAUCCAUCAGAGAGACGAUUCGGGCUACAAACUUCUCUCAAGAAGAUCAUUAUAUUGCUAUUUUUUCAAACGAUUAUGUUACGUGGACAGCGAAUAAGAUUAUAGGAGAAGAAUUAGUUAGAAACUUAUCUCUAGAAGUAGUGUCUAUUGGCUUAGUAAUAGUGAUAUUCCUUAGAAAUUUACAGACAUCUUUCUGGGUGUUCUGUUGUGUUUUCUUCACUCUCAUUGACUUAUUAGGUUCUAUGUACUUCUUGAAUCUGACUGUUGAAAUAUCUUCGAGCAUUAUAAUUUUACUGUGUGCGGGAUUAGCAGUCGAUUACGCUACACAUAUUGGUUUAGAAUUUAUACGAGUAAAAGGCAGUAAAAAUGAACGUGCGAUCGCCACACUUUCUAUUAUUGGCCCAGCUGUAUUUAAUGGAGGCUUAAGUACGUUCCUAGCAUUUGUUUUGCUGGGUACUAGUGAAGCAUACAUAUUCAGUACUUUUUUUAAGUUGUUCACUUGUGUAGUGAUAUUUGGUCUGUUCCAUGGACUAUUGUUCUUACCAACCAUUUUAAGUUUAGCAGGCCCUAGUGAGAGGUCAAGUAAAGUUAAAAAAAAAGAAGUUGUUGUUUCAGAUCAUAAUGGAUAUUGUAAUGUUCCUUUGUCUCAAACUGAAAAAGAUUCUGGAACUAGAACUGCCAAAUAAAAUUUGACAAUAUUCAAAAGACUGUUUAGAUAAGUACUUGAUUACGAAAUUCUAGCAUAUAAAUUUCAAUCAUAAGACCAAUGCACAUGUACUGUAAAACAGUAGUUUAUACAUACUUUGUUAAUCUAUCCUUUUAUACAAAACAAAAUAGAAAUAAAAGAAUACCAUUCUGAAUGUUA